AUGUUUUAUUAUCCCAAUGUCCUUCAGCGUCAUUCUGGUUGUUUCUCCACAAUUUGGUUAGCGGCGACCAAAGGCGUAAAAGUGACACGCAGAGAGCUUCUCAGAGUAAAUGUAAAGAAAACAUGCGUGGACAUCUUAAACUACAUCAUGGCGCAGGUGCCUCCUCCGCAGCAGAACCUCCCGAAGCCUCGCUUCUCCCUGUACCUGUCCUCCCAGCUGCAGUACGGUGUGGUGGUGGUUUAUCACCGGCAGUGCGGCUUUCUGCUGGAUGAAAUCCAGAUCACCAUAGACCGCUUCCUCCGCUCAAAAAGAUGCGUUCCGAUUGACUUCAUCGAGUCAGACAGAUUAGCGCUGGAUCUUGCUGAUAACCUGCAGAUGAUGCAGCAGGCAGAGGGAGCGCAGGACCCUUUCUUUGGCCUCAUGGAGUCUCACCAACUUCCCAGUCCAUACAAAGUCAACCAGACAAGUUUGAUGAUUGAGGACUUCAGCCCUGAUCUCUCUGCGAUGCUGAGUUCCAAUGGUGCAUCUGACACAGAAGGAUUCAGGUCGCCGCCCGCCUCCAUCACGCUCAGGGAGAAGGAGCCAGUGGUCGUGGGCAGUGCUGAGAGGUUUGAAGGCGCAGAUCUUCCUGAGGCCACAAACCAGGAGCUGGAUUUAUUGAUGGAGGAACAAGACCAGUUCAGACAAGACUUAGAUGAGCAGAUGGGAGCAAACAGGAGCCAAGACCUUGUGUCGCUGCGUGAGUCGGUGCUGGGGGCUCACAGGGACAGUGUGUGGCUUCAGGACGAGUCUGGGCAGAUGAUGAUGGAGCUCUCGAAGGCUCCUCUGCCCCAAGAGCGGACCCCCCCACGUGUGGAUCUGCCCCCCUCCCCGGACACAGCAGAGGAAGAGGCGAUCGUCCGUCCUUCUCGAAAACUUCGCAAACGACAGCUCAUCUUUGCCGAUCCCGAAGUCCAGAUUUCGGACCAAGAAAUGAAGAUUCAGAUUGAGAAUCCUCAGACUGAAACACUGAACCUGUCUGACGUCUUGGUGAACUUGGAGUCUGUCAAGUUUUCAGCUCCUGGACAACUCUUCAGCGCCCCCUGUGGAAACCUCGUCCACUCUGACAUCAGGUCUGUUUGGAAGAGCGGCGCGGUGCUCACCUCCUUCACUCGACCAGAGGAAGACGAGAACGAGGUGGAAACACUGAUGCCAGAGACAAAGAGGAGGAGGACCUCAACCCUGAGGGAGAUGUCCAGUGACUCGGGACUUCAGCCUGUGGACGCAUCAUCUACUAAAGAGGACGGAUCUGUGGGGGAUGUCAUCACUCCAGUCGGCAGAUGGUCGCCUCACGAGGAGCUGCAGCCGGUGAUGGAGCCCAUCGCAGAAGAAAACAUCGAGAUGCCUGAAGAGCAGAGCAGCGGCACCAUGAGAUGGAUCUGGUCUCAUCUGCAGAGUUCAGGAAAUGUUACAUUUGAUUCACUGCUGCCCCCAAAGGCCAACCGCAGCACUGCCGCUCACACCCUCAGCGGGCUCCUGGAGCUGCUCUCUGCUGGACGAGUGAAGGCACAGCAGGCCGAGCCCUUCCAUCAGAUCCUCAUCACUGUCACCAACAUGUGA